AUGGCGGAGGCUGAUUCGGGAAGGCGUUCGAGAAUCACUCUUAUAGCAGUAGAUCAAAGUGAAUGGAGCGAGCAAGCUUUUGAAUGUGAGUACGUUAUUCCAUUUAGCUGUGAGAAAAAAAAUAUGUUCUUGCGCGCGUCACACUGUAGGUACUGCAACUGAAUUAAAUAUCCGAUAUACUGAAAUUUUAAUUAGCUCUACAUAUCUACCGAAGUUUUUCACUAAUUUUUGACGCCAAAACUUGAAGUAACCUAAAGACAAGCCCUCGUUGUUUUCAAAUGGUAUAAAUUGUAAUUUGGUUUAAUUCAGUGUAGCAGUGGUGUUAUUAAAAUGCCAACGCUUAUUCCCCACGUGUCCAAGCAAAAAAUGCCCAAUUCAAUGUUUUUGGCUAUCUUAACGUAACAAACCACAAAUCUUUAUAUCUAAUUUUAAAAAAUCCGUGUUAUUCGCGUUAUUUGUCUUGCUGUGUCUUGAUUAUUGUCCGAAAAGCUCCUGUUUUAAAGUAUUUGCAAGCUGUAAAGCAUUUCCUUUUGCUUCUGGUGUUUCAAAACGAUAAUCGCAAAAUGGAAAAACUACGAUGUUAUGAUGGUUAUGUAGGUAAUGUAACUCGAUUGUAAAGGCUAGGAUAAUUUCAUAGUUUGAAUUCCAGUUUCUUUGUUUGUUUUUUUUUUCCUGACCCUUAAGAGUGACUAACAUCUGAUUUCUCGUAACAAUAUUACCCCUGAAUCACUUAUUGAGGUCAUGAGAAUAAAGAAAAUAAUCACCAACUAAAGGAGCACUUGAUGGUUAAACAAAUUCUCCUUAUCAGCACCUCAGGAAAUAUAAAGAGAACAGUAAGAAGAAUAUACAUACUGAUGUUCGGGUGUUCAGGUUAUUUUUGUUGUGUUUCCCUGUGAGAUCAGAUUAGCAAAACCAGUAUAAUGUCAUGAAAUUAAGUCUGAACACACAGAGUGCUUAGAUGUUUUAUAUGGAGAAACUAUCACCCAAACCUUAUGUGGUGAGGGCAUUUCCCGUGACAGGGUAUACAGCAAAUUCAUAACUCCCACUAGCCUCCUUUAAAAGAUCCUGCUGCAACUGAUAUUAUUUACAAGGGUAUUUUGUUAGAUAAAAGGGUUACACAAGAGAAAGAGAGUAACGAAUGGUUCAUUUUUAACCAAAACAAUUUUUAUCUAUCUGUUCUUGUCAUUGAAAGUUAUUUUUAGAGAUGGAGUACUGCAGGCAUGUUACUAUUUUUCCAUAAAGAAGGUGUAGGAAGUAUCAUUAACAUUGAAAGUGAAAUUAAGUCAGAAACACCCUUAACUGUCCAUGCAAAAUUGCAGCCCAAAGCUGUAGACUUGUUAUCUUUUCCAUUGUUCAAUCUUAAAAUCAUCUUCCCUUCUUCUGCAUAGAUCAAUGGCAGGAGUAAGGCCCCUGAAAUUAUGAUUCUUAGUAACACCCUACCAGUUAAACUUGUAACACUGUUGCAUAAUUACAGUAUUGGUCACAGUAUCAAGUGAAACAACCGUACAAUUAAUCUUUAUAAUCAUGCUUAUCAUAUAUCCUCAAAUAAGUGCCCACACUCUAAUUCACAACCUCCCCCUAAUUAGAGACCCCUCAAAUAAGCCCCCCCUCCUGUCCUCCCUCACUUUCUACAGGGGAAUCAGCACAGGAACACAAUAAGCACCCCAUCUCCCCUUGAUAAAGCACCAGCCCUCCAUUAGGUGCUCCUUGCCCCCUUGUUGCGGAAACAAGCACCCAAGCAUUUAUUUAAGGAAAUUUGGUAUAUAGGGAUUAAAGUGUUCACAAUUCCACUUUGUUUUUUCUCUCAGGGUUCAUGGAAAACAUCUACCUCGAAGGAGACCAAGUAAUUCUCUUAAGUGUUGUAGAGCAACUCCAUCUUCCAUUUCUAGCCGGUAUGUACUCAAAGCUUUUUUUUAUAAUCACAGGUUUGGGGGUGGGGAAGGGGGAGGAAUUUGAGGGAAGUUGGUUUGGAUGUGCCAACAGGGCAGUCAAUAAGAUCAAAACUGUUGUGAGGCACUGAACUCAGGGGAAUUGCAGGGACAGGAUGAGUAUGGAUGGAUGCAAAGCUGACAUAAACUGACUUCAAGAAAUUUGAUUAUACUAUGUUUUUAAUUAUGUACUUGGUUAUGAAGUUUUGGUUCCUUAAAAAAAUUAUUUUAUACCUUAUGCAGAUGCUGUGGUCAUUGAGGAAUGGAAAAAUGAGGUUCACAAAAUGGAGGAAGAAUUGAAGGCUUUGGAGAGGAAAUAUAUUGAUAGGUGUUCAGAUUUGAGGGUAUGGGGUCACCUUUUAGUUGGUUGUUAUUAAAAUUAUUUGCCUAUAUACCUUUUGGAUGGAUAGCCCUCAUCAGAAACUGUAUCAAAGAUAUUGAUAAUAAUAGAAUGCAUGCAUUCUCAUCCCUAAUUUCUAUUUCAAUCCUUCCCCCCUCAGAAUUAUUCUUAACAAACUAGAGAUGAAUAAUCGUGUGCAUAUAGUGAAUGAAUCAUCAUCAUCAUCAUCAUCAUCAUCAUCAUCAUCAUCAUUAUCAUCAUCAUCAUCAUGCUACAGGUCAAAAGUCUUGUCCUACCUUCAUCCCUCAAAAAGUUUAAACUUUUUCUCUUGGUUUUAUCCCAUUAUUUGUUUCCUAUUGAACAGUGGAUUAAAUUAUUAACUCUUCAUGUUAUCGCUGAUGGAAGAAGAGAAUACCUUGUUGGCAUUCAGACUUUUCUCUUUAAUAUUAUCCAGUUGUCUGAUCUACAAAACUAAAACGCUCAAUAGUGAUUUGACCUGGAAACCUUCGAUCCAGUUUAUUUAUUACUUAGUAUUAGACAUCAAACAUGAACAUAUUUUGGCAAGAGAUUAAAUCGCAGACUACAGACUAUACAUGCUGCAGAGAGAGAAGUUGAUUCAAAAAUGGGAAGUAACAAGGUCCCUUUUCACACUACCAUUGAAAAAACAGCCAUGUAAUCAGUGCUGCUCUUUCUUGUUGAUAGACUCCCAUAAGAUUUAGGGUGGAGCAAGGAAAACCAGGAGAAAAGAUCUGUGAGAUAGCUUUGAAAGAGAAAGCCACACUGAUUGUCCUAGGAAGUCGGGGUUCUGGCUUCAUAAGGCGCACAGUUCUUGGAAGUGUCAGCAAUUAUGUAAUUCAUCAUACAAAGAUUCCAGUCAUCUUGUGCCCCAAAGAUUAUCUGUGA